UGAGCGCCGGCGCCUGUAAACGGGGCGGCUCGGGGGGGUGCGCGCGGGCAAGGGGCGGGCGGAGACGUUACGCUCUCCAACCCCUUCACCGGCAGAGGCGGCGGCGCCAGUCUCCAGGCGAGCGGAGCGGAACGGGGCCGCACCGGAGCAAGCCGAGCCGUACCGAACCGAACCGAACCGAACCGCCGGGGUUUUGAGCCGCUGAGCACCACCCACGAGAGGACAAGAUGUUCGGGGGGAAAAUGACCAGUGUUGGGAAGAAGCUGAUCCGCCGGCGCAUGGUGGAUCUGAGCUCUGAGGACACUCAUUUUGCUCGCUGCCUCUCCACGCUGGACCUCAUAGCCCUGGGGGUGGGCAGCACAUUGGGGGCUGGUGUGUACGUGCUGGCUGGGGAGGUGGCCAAGGACAUGGCUGGUCCCUCCAUCGUUCUCUGCUUCCUGGUGGCUGCUCUCUCAUCGGUACUGGCUGGACUCUGCUACGCAGAGUUUGGGGCACGUGUCCCCAAGACUGGUUCUGCCUACCUCUACAGCUACGUCACCGUUGGUGAGAUCUGGGCUUUCACAACUGGCUGGAAUCUCAUCCUCUCCUAUGUGAUAGGUACAGCCAGUGUGGCUCGAGCCUGGAGCGCAGCAUUCGACAACAUCAUCGGUAACCACAUCUCCAACUUCUUCAUGAACAAGACCACAGUGCACGUGCCAGGGGUUCUGGCUGAGUACCCAGACUUCUUUGCUGUGAUAUUGAUUGCACUGCUUACUGCAUUGUUGGCCUUUGGCGUUAGUGAAUCCGCCCUCGUGAACAAAAUCUUCACGGCAGUGAACCUGGUGGUGCUGGGCUUUGUCAUCAUCGCUGGCUUCGUGAAGGGAGACAUCAAGAACUGGCAGCUCUCAGAGAAGGACUACAUCAACCGCUCGGAUGUCAGCAAAAAAGCCUUCGGCUCUGGUGGCUUUGUCCCCUUUGGACUGGAAGGGAUUCUGACCGGUGCUGCCACCUGUUUCUACGCCUUCGUGGGCUUUGACUGCAUCGCCACUACAGGGGAGGAAGCCAGGAACCCGCAGCGCUCUAUUCCCAUUGGCAUCAUUGUGUCCCUCCUCAUCUGCUUCGUGGCUUAUUUCGGGGUCUCUGCGGCCCUGACCCUCAUGGUGCCCUACUUCCUCCUGAACAAGGAGAGUCCCCUGCCUGAGGCUUUCAAGGCAGUGGGCUGGGAGCCUGCCCGCUAUGCUGUUGCUGUUGGAUCGCUGUGUGCCCUCUCCACCAGCUUGCUGGGCUCCAUGUUCCCCAUGCCCCGUGUGAUCUAUGCCAUGGCAGAGGACGGGCUGCUCUUCAAGUUCCUCUCCAACAUCAACAGCCGCACAAAGACCCCUCUGUCAGCCACCGUUGCCUCAGGUCUCCUUGCGGCGGUGAUGGCCUUCCUGUUUGACCUGAAGGACCUGGUGGACCUCAUGUCAAUUGGCACGCUGCUGGCCUACUCCCUGGUGGCGGUGUGUGUGCUCAUCCUCCGGUACCAGUCCGGGCAGCUGAACUCCUCAAAGGCCAUGGAAAUGCUGGAGCUGAAUGGGAAUGAGGAGGAGAGGGUGAUCAUGAACCCCAUUGUUACCGCUGCCAGUGCCCAGCAAAAAGAGACACUGUCUCUGGCAAAGCUCUUCAACCCACCUGGGGACAUCCCCACCAGGAUGUCAGGGCGCAUUGUCUACGUCUGUGUCUCUGUUAUCGCUGCACUGAUCACUGUCAUCUGCGUGGUCCUGACCCUCAAGGUGACUGCGCUGAAGAAUGCCAACGUGGGCUGGAUCACGGCUCUGGUGCUGCUCCUUGUGGCUCUGCUCAUUCCCACCAUCAUUGUUUGGAGGCAGCCGCAGAGUGACGCACGGUUGAAUUUCAAAGUACCUUUCCUCCCACUCCUGCCAAUCUUCAGUAUGUUCGUUAACAUCCUGCUGAUGGUACAGCUGAGUCCUGGCACCUGGGUGCGGUUUGCCAUCUGGAUGGCUGUGGGUUUUAUGAUUUACUUCGGCUAUGGGAUUCGGAAUAGCGUGGAAGGGAAAAAUGCAGAGGAACCCUGUGCCACAGUAGAAAAGCCCCUGCACCACCCUGGAGGGGACCUUGGCCCCAGCACUGCUGCGAUUUGAGCAACCGGGCACCAGCACUCCGUGGACCUCUGCCAGUAUUCCCACUCGGGGACAAGGUCAUGAUCCACAUGGUACAUCCAUCCCAUCCCACAGGGAGCAAGUCCCAGGGUCAGGACACGGAGCCGGGCUAUGCGCUGCCCUUUCCCCUCGCAGAGCAGUGGUCACAGAGACACGUCCCCAGGCUGGUUGGGAGCGCUGGUGGCCUGGGGCUGAUGUCUCAUCCCCCAACCCUGCCAAGUGGCAGUGACACCAGCAUGGCCCUCCCAUCAUGGAAGAUACUGUCAAAAAUGCUGCUUUCCCUGCGCACAAGAGUCCCCAUGUGAUGGUGCAGCUCUAUUUGUUCCGUCUGUCCAUGUGGCUGUGGUCACCACCUCCUCUUUGUGCUUUCCAAGCACCAGGUGUGUACAUGGCAGCUAUGACUGGAGCCUUGUGAUGAGGCUUGUGUCUUGUUCUGGUACUGUCAGCAUCCCAGUGCUCCUUGGCAGCACAGGGCUCAGCUGGCCAAAACCCAAUUUGUGCCUGGGAUUCGCAUCCCACACUGAGCCCUUUGCUGUCCCGGCAACACUGCUUGGUGUGAGCAUCUCACUUGGUUGUCUGUGAAGAUGUCCGCAGUGUAACCACACCAGUGUCCAACCUCGUAUGCUUUUGUAUAGUUGGUAUUUUAACAUUGACUUUUAUACUUAUUAAACUAAAUGUCUUUUAA